UAUAAUAAUACAGCAAAGACAUGGUGUACGACAUGACGCAUAUGGUGCCGUCGCAAAAUAUAGCUGUGGGCCGUUACUAUUUGCAAGAUUUGAAUAAUGUAGAGAAUGAAAAUUACGAUGCCUUCGAUUUCGAUAAAAGAUAUCAAGCACGUAUGGGAUGUGAAACACCCAUUAGUCCCCAGUCCAGCAGCGGCAGUAUACCAAUACCACCACCCACACCAGCACCUAGACGUCGCACCACCCCGAUAGCUCAUUUAGAUCCCUCAGAACUUGUGGGUCUUUCCCGAGAAGAACGACGUCGUCGAAGACGUGCCACCUUAAAGUAUCGCACCGCUCAUGCUACUAGGGAACGUAUACGUGUGGAAGCUUUUAAUGUUUCCUUUGCGGAGCUACGUAAGUUGUUGCCAACUUUGCCGCCAGAUAAGAAAUUGUCGAAAAUCGAGAUUUUAAAAUUAGCUAUAUGUUAUAUAGCCUAUUUAAAUCAUGUUCUGGAAACUCCAUAA